CUCGCCUCUCUUGUCCCGCCGGGGCCCGCCCGAAGGGCUUUCUUUCGGCCUUAGCGGCUACCCCGCCGGCCGGCACCUCGGAGAGCUCCGCCUCGGGUCUCCCCGGCCGGCGUCUGGGGCCCUGAGCGCCCAGGGCUGAGAUCCUGGGCUUCCUGACCCUCUCGAGCGCCCCCAGCGCCUCCAGUCAGAGAUCCCGAGCGGGGGACGAGGCCGGCGCCCCUCGCCCUCGUGCCGGGGCCCCCCUCUGCCCGGGCCCGGGCGGCUCCUUGGGGAGCCUGGGGCACAGCCACUAAAGCUCGCCUCGGCCUCCGCGCCUUUGCCUGCAGCGUGCCCUCUCCCGCCCCGAGUCCUUGAACUAACCCACAUGUCGGGGGCACGGCGGGACUGGGGCAGGAUGGGGACUGCAGGACCCAAGGGAAGAGUGGUGGUGUGGGGAGACGGGAGGCUGGGGCCAGGCUCACAGGUCGGAGAUGCCUCGGGGUGGGGGUCCCACUCUGAAGCUUUCUUCUUAGACCUAACGUGGUGGCCGUAACCUACAGCGCUAGCAGACUAGAUGCGUCUCCAUCACCACUAGGUGCGCAGCAAGUAAUUUGGCAGCUUGAGUUCUCCAAGGUGGGUGUAAGCGCGUGGGAGCGUCACCAAGUGAGAAGUUUAACAAAAGGUGAGGGGAAGGUUCUCUCGACUUGGUGGCUAAGAGUUCUGAGGAUCUCGGUGUACAACCAUCAGUGCAGGUAUAUUGAUUCAUUUGCUGAACUCAACCCAAGUGGGGUGAGUCAUAAGGUGGUGAUACUCUUUCAGACACACGACUUCAUUAAUCUCAGUGGAGAGGUGUGCUCGAUGUGGGUAAUGGAAACAGCAAAGUGAACUGCUAAAUAAAAACUCUACCUUGAGGAAGCGUCGAAGGUCUACUGUUGGAAGGCUGAAACGGAGCGCGACGUGGCUAGAGAAAUGUUAGGCUUCUGGACAACUAUAUCUAGUAAAUAUUUUGUUGAACAUUUACUGUGUGCCAGCUGAGAGGGAGCAUGAUGAGUGGAAGUUAAUUUCAAAUGCAGCCCUCACUCUUCAGGAGUUUGCCAUUCUGAAGAGAUGAGACCUUCACAAGUAACCACAGUACAAGGCAGAAAGUGAUGUACGUAUCAAUAAAAUGCAAAAUCCUCAGGAGAAAGAAAGGAUAGUCAGGGCUGCAGGAAGCAAGGAAGAUUUUUGGAAUAGGUAACUUUUGAAUCGUGCCUUGAAGUGUGACAAUAUUGUAAGACUUUUUAGCCUCCUAGUUUAGUUAUAAAGUAUUAUUUCAACUCAGAAUACCUAUUAAAAUAUUUACAACUAGCUUUAUUUCUUGAAAACCAUCAUCUUGCUGUGUUAAGACCCCCAAAACAAAGCAGGGAUCUUUAGCCUAUAUAUAAAGCCUCAAAGAAUGUUAUUAUCUUUAUUCGUUUUAAUUUCCUGGCCCUUCAAGGAAUGAGAUGUGGAAGGAGAGAAUUAGGGACAGGUCCAUUUUUAAUCAAGAGCUUUAAAAACAAGUGUUUUUGAACUAAAGUGGAUGGAAGACACGGCUUUCUGAGUUGGAAUUUUAGAAGCAAGUUUCAGUGGCAGUUGGAAACAUAACACGUGUAUAUUUUCUGAAGCAAAAUGCAGGUUUAUAAAGACAUCAUUUAUUGAAAGAUGACAGGAAGAUGCUUCUUUUCAUUUAUAUUUUUGUGAAACUGGAUUCACAAAAUUUAGGAAUCCAAGCUGUUAAAUUAUUAUUUAAUUUUAUAUUGAUUGAUAAUGAAAUUGUUUUGAUUGUGGGUGUGCUCAUCUGUUCAGAGUCACUGAUUCCUGCUGUAACAGGAAUUCUAAUGUGUGAAUGUUCACAUAAGCAGUACUUCUUUCAGUGGAAUUAAAAUUACUUUAAAAGCUAGGCAAUUAGAUAAGUACAGCUUCACUCAAAGCCAGGAGCAGCUAAUUUUAGUAUACUAUGUGAGGAGUAGAUAUUUACUUUCUCCCUUUAAUUUCUUUGUUUAGAAACAUGUUGAAAUAAGUUUUACCUCUCAAACAAAAACUCAGGGAGUAACUGGGUCUAAGUAACGUCUAAGAGUAACACCUAAUUAACUCCCCAUAAAGAAUUUUUUAAGAAAAUCCAAAUUGGUGUCCCGUGUUAGUAAUUUGAUUUAAUCCUCCUUCCUGUUUCUCCAUAUUUAUAUUGAUCUCACUCUUAAGUGUUCAGAGCCCUGUUAGCGCAGUGGUUAACAGCUCGGCUGCUAACCAAAAGGUCGGCAGUUUGAAUCCACCAGGUGCUCCUUGGAAACCCUAUAGGGCAGUUCUACUCUGUCCUAUGGGGUCACUAUGGGUUGGAAUCAACUUGUUAGCAGUGGGUUUGGUUUGGUCUUUUUUUUUUUCUUAAGUGUGCUAGUCAUGUUCAUUCUUCCAAGCUCAGAAUGAGGUAUCAAGGAGAAAGUAAUCUACUGAAUGUAAUUUCCUUUUUUUCUAGUGAAAGGUGAGGAAAUUAAAUGUACUGUUUAAAAAAAAGAAAACAAAAAUACAAACAUAUGUAAGGUAACAUUUAUGAUCUACAGCACAUAUUAUUUUAAAAAUCUAUCAAUCACUUUGGCCAGAUGUCUUGCCUAAAAAUAAUAUAAACAACAUCUUUUUUUGCAAGCUGCUUAAUAUCAAAAUGAUAGACAUUUUAGGAUGUAGAAUUUUCUCCUUCCUGGUGUAUGGUCAGAUACUUGUUCAUUAAGAAAGUAGCGUUCCCUGGCGUAGGACAAAUAACUUCGUUUGUGCCUUUGACUCUGGUUUCAGAAAAUAACCCAAGCAAUCAAGGUGCCUUUAUUUUCCAGAAUUGUCAGGCAAGGAGGGACUACACAGGUCCCACACCUGGUGAACUAACUUCAGGAAUAGAGGAGGCAUGAUGCAGUCAGUCAUGCAUAUUCAUUGAUUGGAUCGAUCAUAACUAUGCAUUAAGGCCCAAAUCAUGCAUAUUCAUUGAAGUCCCAAUGACUAGGGGUUCUCAGACCUUGGAGCAUUCUUUGGGGCCUCCUGGAUCAGGGGAGGGAUCGGCACAUCCCUGGGGACAAUGGAAGUCCCAUGCUGGGAACUCUACCAGAUUUUACCUGAUGCAUCUCUUCUUUGCUUUUAUCCUUUCUGAUUAUAAUAAAUGGGUAACUGUAAAUACAGGUAAUAAAACCAAACCCAUUGCCACUGAGUCAAUUCUGACUCAUAGUGACCCUACAGAACAGAGUAGAAUUGCCCCGUAGAGUUUCCAAGGCUGUAAUCUUUACAGAAGUAGACUGCCACAGCUUUCUCGUGGAACGAUCCGCCAACCUUCUGGUUAGCAGCAAAGAACUUAGCCACUGAGCCACCGGGGCUCCUCGUAGACACCUUAAGAGGUGGCAUUUAUUAUUACUGCCAUUUACCUAGUUUAAUCAAAAGCAACUGACUUAGAUCAUUAGUUCUCUGCUGCUUUCAAACCCAUCCAUUUCUACUGUUUUCUGUCUCCCUUGGCUGUCAUUUAAUCUUUACAGAAACCAACAUAGCUUUUCUUAUUCUUCACUCUAGUCUGGUUGGUUAAUACUGUAUUUGGUGGAGUCAGUCAAAGGGAUCAUACCUUGAUGUCAUUUAGAAUAGGAUUCAACCUUUGUAGUAAGCAUUCUUUCUUUAAAUUUAGCAUUUUGAAGUAUUUUGCCCUCAUAGGGAUUGUAAAAGCACAUUAGUUCAUAUAUAUACACAUGCACUUUCUAAGACAGCUGAACCUUGACGCCAUUUGAGAGCUCUGGCACUCUGCCAGAAACCGGGCUGGGCUGCUGCUCUUGGCAGAGAAACAACACAUUUCCUCUUGCGUUUGUGGACUGAAAUGAUGACGCAGAGAAGGCUUAAGUUGUCUGACUCUGACUGAGGAGCCUGAAGGCAUGCUUAUAAAAUUGGUGGUUUGUUGUAGUAGUGGAAAUAGGUGUCACAUAGUGGGGACUGUCACCCUGUUGUCACACAGACUGUGGAAACUUGGAGAUAACAUUGCCCUCCACUACUCUUAAGCUCCUACAGAAGGGUGAGAAUUUCUAAGUCAUUCCCCAAGAGGAACAGUAUGGGAGGAACACUUCUAACUUGUCUGCUACCAGAGGAAGAAGAGGGACUUUAUGUUGGCGGGCGCCACGUCCAUGUGGGCUUCAUGCUGCGGGCUGCUGAAUGAGGUCAUGGGAACUGGAGCUGUCAGGGGCCAGCCGGCAGGAUUUGCAGGAGGCACUGGCCCAUUCAGAUUUACACCAAACCCUGAUUUCUCCUACCCACCAGCAGCCGCAGAAGGGCCUAAUAUCGUUUGCAAAGCCUGUGGACUCUCAUUUUCCGUCUUCAGAAAAAAGCAUGUAUGUUGUGACUGCAAGAAGGAUUUUUGCUCCGUUUGUUCAGUCUUACAAGAAAAUCUCCGCCGAUGUUCUACUUGUCACUUACUACAAGAGACGGCCUUUCAGCGCCCUCAGUUAAUGCGACUGAAGGUGAAAGACCUACGGCAGUAUCUCCUCCUUAGAAACAUACCAACAGAUACUUGUCGAGAGAAAGAAGACUUGGUGGAUCUGGUACUGUGCCAUCAUGGACUCGGCUCCGAGGACUUGGACACGAGCAGUCUGAAUUCUUCAAGGUCCCAGACUUCUAGCUUUUUUACACAUUCAUUGUUUUCAAACUACACAGCCCCCUCUGCUACCAUGUCUUCAUUUCAGGGAGAGGUUGUGGAUGGAGACCGAACCUCAGCGCUGGCACAGGUACACAGUGAACUAGCUUCAGCAAAUACCGAAGACGACGACGACGAUGAUGAUGAUGAUGAUGACGACGACGAUGAUGACGAUGACAACUUGGAUGAGCAGACCCCUGGGCUCUCCAGAAAGAGAGCGAGAGCGUCUUUGUCUGAUCUGUCAAGCCUUGAAGAUGUCGAAGGGAUGAGUGUGCGCCAGCUGAAGGAAAUUCUGGCUCGGAAUUUUGUCAGCUAUUCCGGCUGUUGUGAAAAAUGGGAGCUGGUAGAGAAAGUAAACAGAUUAUACAAAGAGAAUGAAGAAAACCAAAAGUCAUAUGGUGAGCGGCUGCAGCUGCAGGACGAGGAGGAUGACAGCCUGUGCCGCAUCUGCAUGGAUGCCGUCAUCGACUGCGUCCUGCUGGAGUGCGGGCACAUGGUCACCUGCACCAAGUGCGGCAAGCGCAUGAACGAGUGUCCCAUCUGCCGGCAGUACGUGGUGCGCGCCGUGCAUGUAUUCAAGUCCUGAGGCCGGGGCCCUCAGAGUGGAGCCCAAACACCUCUGUGCACAGGAAGGGACUGUGCACAGGAAGGGACUGGAGACGUCCUGUUUGGAGGCUGAAGAUAUUUUAUUUUCACUACUAAUUGUGGACAGAAAGGUUCCUCCUAAGUUGUGGAAAUACUGGUCCACGCUGUAAGCCCACCUGCCCGUGGACAAGCCCAGUUGCCCCCCGUCGGCCAGGCUUUGUCACCCACACCUGGUCACAAACUCUGGCAGCCAGACCAUCUACAGCCUAUCGAUCUCAGCCCCUGCUCUCUCUGGAGAACACGUCGCCUGUUCUCUUAUUUCCCCUUCAUCCUAUUUUUAACUCAAACAACUCAGAUGUUUGAAACUUAUGUUCCCUUUGAGUGAGUGAAUGAGAUCACUGUCCACAAGCAGCCUUCAUGGUGUUUGAUGAGCAGCGGGCCCUCUGAACGUCCACUUCAGUAGUCAUGUAUAUUUUAAAUGCUAAGUUUGAUGAAUGUAAGUUUCCAUUGUUGCUAUUCCCGCAUUUAAACAUAGUUGGGAACAAAUGACAUUCUAUAGACAAUUGCCAGGGCCUUAGACUAAACACAUCCAUUUCUGUUCAGGUACAGCUUUUGAUAGCAAGGGCUGCAUCUAGCUUCUUUCAUUAGACGAGUGUGUGCGUGUGCGUGUGCAUAUUAAAUUCUUUACUAAUGUGUAAUUCGUUUCCACGGUUUUGUAUAGUGAAAGUGUAUUUUCAGUGCUACCGGCUAGCUAAUUUCAACUUUAGGAAUAAAAUUAGAUUUUAAAAGA